UUGCGAGACGCCCCGUGUCUGGGCUCGCCGCCUGCCGCCCGCAGCGCCGCCGCCCCCGCCGCGGCCACCUUUGUGCUCAGCAGCGCGGCCGGGUCUGGUCUGGCCCAGAUGUCGAAGCCUCCUCGGGCCCACCGGGGCGGGGGCGGCCACGAGGUGCAGGUGCUGACGUGGCCUACGCGCCACCCCUCGAGGCCUCGCUGGCCGCAGGAGCGCCACAGCGGCCACGAGUACUGGAGCAAGGGGCGCUACGACCGCAGCUCGUCCAGGCGCGAAGCCCGCGACGGCGGGCAAUGGAGGAGAGGACGGCCGCGGGCAACCGGCGCGGGCCGCCGCCGCGCAGCCGCACGCGUGACCCGGAGCGGCAGGGCUCCGACCGCGACUCCACGCCGGGCAGGUCUCCGUCCCCCCACGCGGACACCCAAGAUGUGGAGGUGAUGUACUUCAAGUACGCAGAGGCCGCGUUCCUCUUCGGCAGCAGCAAGGGUGCGGCGGUGAGGCACAUCGCCGCGGCCUCCGCCGCGGACCUGAAGCUGAGCCAGAACAACCGCAAGG